AUGGUCAAGUCAAUUCUACUCGCUCUCGGUGCUUUCGUUUUAGUGGCCAAUAAUGUGGUCUCUGCGGAUGAUUCUUCUUCCUCUCCCCUUCCCAACUGCAGUUGUCAAGACGACGACCAAUUUACCCUUGCCUGCUGCAACCUGGUUGGUCAAGCAAGCGACAAUGAAUGUAAACUAUUUAGCCCUGCAAGUGUUCCUGGUUUUCAAUCAUGCUGUAUGGCAAAGACCCGCAAGCAAGGUGAUGAUGCUUAUGAUUGCAAGGAUGAAUAUGGCUCUUCUUAA